AACAAGUUUUAACUUGGGUUUUUGUGUGUCUGUGUUGCCAAAUUAAUAAAAAUUUGGCAAGUCGUGUGUGUAAGCUCAUGUGUGUGUUGUUUGUUGCAGCACGAAAAGGGCAAGCAAACAAAGCCAGCAAGUAGCAACAACAAAAGUGCAAAGGUGUUGGUGAAAUAUUUUAGUCGCAAUUAAGUCUCGUUUUGUUGAAUUAAAAUUAAAAUUGCGUUCAAUUUGUGACACAACCGGCAUCGAGUGCAAAAAUUAAGCCCAGCAAGAUGCAAAAAGUGGCUCCAAGCAGGCACACACACAUGCAUAAUUAAAAGUUGGUGCAACAAGCAGCAAUAUUUCUCGCAACAAGCAUUCGCUUUAAAGAGACGCUGAAUUGAAAAAAAAUAUAUAAUCGUUUCAAAACAGCUGCGAAACGACACGCCAACAAACGCGCCGCAUUAAUUAGCCUGAUUAACAGCAAACAGUGAAAAGCACCAAUUGCGGAGCUUCUAUUAAAAAAGGGAAAAAGCGCAGACACUAAAAACCUCACCCAUAAAUGUGGGCUGCCUAGCUGGCUGGCCACCUUUGAUGUGAUAAAAACAAAUAACUUGACAGCCUAAGCCUCAAGCAGUCCGAGAACGAGGAGGACGUGUACAAUAAACAAAGUGUAUCAAUUAUAAUACGGGUGGAAGGCUAACGACCCAACCGACCUGUGGCCAGUGCAAGUGGCAGCCAUGUUGGCGACCGGGCUCACAGCCACAAUUACCUCAGAUCCGGGCAUCCUGUGCUUUCAUCACUGCAACGUAAAAGUUUUCUGCUUCACUUUGCCGCACACUUGUCCCCAAUGCAAUGCGCAACUUGAUGCCGACACAGACACAGGGACGGGCACCGACACCGGCCCCGGCACCGGCACCGGUACCAGUAGCAGUACCGGUCCAGACAAAGCUACAACAGAAACAACAACAGCAACAAGAACCAAAACAACCGCCAGAGUGGACACAAGGCUGCUGCCAUUUCGACUGCCUUACCCUUUCGUACGAGCCACACAGUAUCCGUGCGCGAUUGUUCUACGACCCUCGACCGGCGACUUUCUCAACGAUUACAACAACGCCACCGAUUUGCAUAUCGCUGUGACCACAUCCGCAGGCGACAUCGUUGAAUUCGAUCGGGACGGACUCCAGCGCCAUCGACGUGAAGAUAAUCCGGCCGAGUGGUGGCAAUCGCUGCUGGUCGGCGAUGUGCCCGAGCCCUGGCACGACUACUGGGACGAGGUAUUGCAGCAGAUUUGCGCCCAGACAACGCAUUGGUCCAUUGCCCGAUACGAGGAGGUCAGUCACAAUUGUUACACCUUUGUGCUGGCCUUUCUGCAGGCGCUGGGCCACGCACAGCUCAGCGAGGCGGCCCGCAGCAAGACCAGCUUCUGUGAGCAGUAUAUAGUUCCUAGAACGACAACGGCUGGCAAAUAUAUAUCGCUAUAUCGUAAGCUGCGCGUGGCCAAUGUCUAUGUGCAUCCACCGAAGCAUCGACAGGCCAAGGUGCGCCAAGAGAAUGGAUCAGCGGGACAUGUGCAGGUGCAGGUGAAGGCUAAUAUGGAGAGCUGCACAAAUCACAGUAUUCGGUCACGCUCACGCACGCGACACACACUUUGCACCAUCGAGGAAUGACUCACGCCAGAGAGAACUACUUAUUAAACUAUUCUAUUCCUAAACAAUAAUCUCAAGCACUUUUCAAGAGCAACUAGACUUAAAACCUGAUUUAUCCCAGCUAGAUUCGAAUUAAUGAAAAUGGUAAUGGGAAUCAAAAAGCAAGGAUUAUGGAAUUAGGGAUGGGCGUGAGCGCAAGCAGGAGUUCAAUAAAUGGCUGCACUUUUAUCGUGCAUCUUCUAAUUUAUCGAACACCCCUACUUACAGGUAAGUUUGAAUUAAUCGCGCUCAUCUCUAGUAAGUAGAACUUAGCCCUUGCAGAUCCUGUAUGAAAAUUUCCAAAAUAACUAUCUAUAACUAUCUAAAAACUAUUAAUUUUAAGCCAACAGCAUAUUUGUUUAAGUAAUGAGUUCACUUAAUAUUACAAAUGCAUAAUGUUAAGCUUUUUUUUAGGAUCUCAGGAUUUUUAGUG